AUGGCGACACAACUGAAAUCUGCCCCGAGGUUUUCAACCACCGAUUGGUUCAUAAAUAAUUACAACGUAUCACUCGGGGCCGAGAAAGAAAGGGCAAACGCAAGUGAAGUCAAACAGGAGGCCAGAUACUUGCGAAAUGAAACUAAUAAUCGUACAAAAUGGGACCAGAUGGAUAACAAUACAAGGCUGGCCGACAGGGUGGAUGACGUCAGGAGAUGGCGCGACAUACUGGACAUAACACUGAGCAACGUGGAGAAAGAAAUUGUAGACCUGACGACUUCGAAAGAUGAACUAGAGAGGGCUCUUGAAGAUAAGAACACCCCAACGGAAGUUAACGUAGAAAAUCUGGUACUUAGAGACGCCAGGCGCGGAAUUGAUUUGGUAUUGGACGAAGCCGAUGAUGAACUCAACAAAGAAAAAAGAGUGAUAGAGGAAUCGAAGCAGCUUCUCCAGCGUCAGGUGGACGCGAGUUUUGAAAUAAUAUGCGCACUGCAGGAAGCGAGGCAGAAACUGCUGGCGGAUAUCCAAGAUAAGAAUGUGGCCAUCGACGUUGAUAUCGAGCAGUACAAUUUGACGGAAGAUUCAUCGAUGAUCAGUUUCAAACCGGAUCCUCUAAGGGUCCCGAAGGGAAGCGUGACAUUGAAAGAGUGGGAGGACCAUUGCAGGGAGAGCAGACAUCGAGCGGAGGUCGCACUAGCGAACGCAAAAAUGCAGAGAGAGGCCAACGUGCACGCCAUUCAGCAGACGGACAACGACCUGGCGGCCCAACUGGAGGCCACGCAUUUCAUGCUCAGGAAACGUAUCCACGAGAUGGAACAAGCCCUCGAUGAAUUGAACUGGCAGAAACAGCAGACGGAAGAAGAGAUGAAAGAAUUAGAGGAAGACCUGAAGAAACAGGAAGCGGCCAUCAGGGCGACAAUCAACCCGGCCAAGUUGGCGCAGACGAGAAUGGAGAACCGCACGUUUAGACCAAACAUGGAGAAAUGUCUAGACAGUCCAUUCUACGGGCUGUCUGAUGAGGUGCGACAGAUAGACAGCACAAAGAAGGCGUUGCAAGAGAAAUUCUAUCAGACCCAGCACGCGUGGAAUGCUCUAGAAGAAAGAUUGCACAACAUCAACAAAGAGAUCCAAUCGAAAACUCAAGCCCUCAAGCUGGACAAACAAUGUUUGAACUCCCGCGCAAAAUUGAAAACCAAAAACGCUAAAAUCAACGAAGGUACGUGCCAUCUUAAAAACAUGGAUUUAACCGGAUUAAAUCUUGGAAAGCCCCGAGUUAUGAGCUAUUAAUACGGCUGAAUAUGAUUGGUUGAUAAAUUGUUUAUCAAUAUUAACAUUUUUCACGGAUUUAAUAAUUAUCUUAGAUCAGUAAUAUUAGAUAAAGCACACACGAACGUCUUGCUUACUCCGUCGACGCAUGAUUUUUAACCCUGAAACACACACACACUAACACAAACACACACAUAAACACACACACACACACAAACAAACGUCUGACAGUUUUUGCACUUCAUUUAAAAAACUUUCCAAAACAUUUAAAUUUUUUAUUUAAACAAAAAAAAUAAAUUUCUUAUACCAAA